CUAAAUCGUAAUAAAAAUUAAUCUAAAGUCAAGCUUUGUUUUCCCUGUACUCCGUUUGGCUUAGCAGGGUCCUGGUGGGCGGGUCCAAUGCUACAGUGGUAGCGUCACAUGAUCCACGCAGAGACGGGCUCACUAAUUCCAAUAUGGUGGCCAGCUUGGCAGGUCUACGAUUGCUGUUGAUGUUAUUGUUGUUCUGCGGGAUCAGGGACGGCGCCUGCAGCCAGCGAGCCCCGCUGGUCGUAGGGCUGCGACUGGAAGACCCGGAGGGUCGGGUGUGUAUGAAGGAGCGAACAAUCUUGGCACCAGCGGGAGCCAGUUUUAAGGUUCGCCUGUUUGGAUCAGAACGGCUGAAUGGAAGCUGGCCGUGGGUCGCGUUUGCCACAGCAGCUCCGGGGGAGGCCGGGGAUGUGGGAGACGCGGCCGACCCGUGUGGGCAGGAGAGCAGUCGAGGAGCGGCCGCGUUCGAGGCGACGGAACUCCUCGCCCCCCCCGGCGAGGAGUACAGCCGGAUUAUAACGGUGCAGACGCGCAAAGAUAGCAUCCCCUCGGGCGCCGUAGGGGUAGCAAGAGACCAGACCUACCACCACCUGUGCGUACGGGAAAGUAACGGGAAAUGGGCAUCUGUCAGACCGGACAGACUGCGGGUCAUCGCCGAGAGCGUUCUGCCCAGGGACUACAUCCCGGCGUGGGGGCUGGCCGUUCUGGUGGUGGCGCUGGUUGUGGUGUGCGGGGUUUUGAAGAUGGUGAACCUCAGCCUCCUGUGGCUGGACCCCCUCGAGCUCUACGUCCUCCACAGCUGCGGGUCGGAGGAGGAGAAGCGGGGCGCUAAACGUUUGGAGCCAAUUAGGAGAAGAGGCAACUUCUUGGUGUGUUCCCUGGUGUUUCUGUGCGCCCUGGGUCACUCGGUUGUAGGGGUGUUGCUGUACAAGGCUAUCGGCGCCAUUGCACCGGCAGUAUUCGCGAGCGCCUUCCUCGUCUUUCUGCUGGCGGAGUUGGUGCCACACAUCCUGGCCUCGGGCUACGGCUUCCAGAUGGCCCCGGGGCUCACCUGGUUGGCCCAGGUGUGCAUGGUGCUGACCUGCCCGCUGUCCUGUCCGCUGGGCCUCAUCCUGGACCUCGCGCUCAGAAGGGAUAUUAGCACGUGUGGCAUCCGGGAGAGGGCCAUGGAAAUGAUCCGCACCAGCGUCAACGACCCCUACAGUGAGUUUGUGAAGGAGGAGUUUAGCCGGGGGGCCCUGCGCAGCAAGACGGUGGAGGACAUCCUGACCCCGCUGAAGGAGUGCUUCAUGCUGCCCAGCACAGCCACCCUGGACUUCUCCACCAUGUCCGACAUCAUGCAGAGCGGCUACACCCGUGUGCCCAUCUACGAGGAGGAGAAAUCCAACAUCGUGGAGAUCCUGUACGUGAAGGACCUGGCCCUGGUCGAUCCCGACGACUGCACCCCCAUGACCACCAUCACCAAGUUCUACAACCACCCGCUGCACUUCGUCUUCAACGACACCAAGCUGGACGCCAUGCUGGAGGAGUUCAAGAAAGGAAAUUCCCACCUGGCCAUCGUCCAGAAGGUGAACAACGAGGGGGAGGGAGAUCCCUUCUACGAGGUGCUGGGAUUGGUCACCUUGGAGGACGUCAUCGAGGAGAUCAUCAAAUCAGAGAUCCUGGAUGAAUCCGACGGUUACAUGGACAUGAAGGUCAAGCGUCGGCUGGCUCCCCUGGAGAUAACGCUGGAGCCCCGGGCCGCCCACGAAGAGUUCUCCCUCUUCAAGCUCCCGGAAGGAGAGCCCAAGGUCCGCACCUCCCCCCAGCUGCUGCUGGCCACGCACCGCUUCCUCUCCAGAGAAGUGGAGCAUUUCAGUCCGGGCCGGGUGUCCGAGAGGGUCCUGUUCCACCUCCUCCGCCACCCCAGUGUGAACCAGGAGGUGCAGUUUGACCCCAGCAACGGGCUGAGUCCUGAGCACUACCUGUACACACGCAACCACCCCGUCGACUACUUCGUCCUCCUGCUGCAGGGUCGCGUGGAGGUGGAGAUCGGGAAGGAGGGGCUGAAGUUUGAGAAUGGAGCUUUUACGUAUUACGGCGUUUCUGCUCUAACGGCGCCCUCUUCAGUGCACCAGUCCCCGGUGUCGAGUCAGCGCCCCAGGGACCCCUUCGAGCUGGGGGACGCCACCAGCCCCUCCAGCUACUGUCCGGACUACACCGUGCGCGCCCUCACUGACCUGCAGCUCAUACGGGUGACACGUGUGCAGUAUUUAAACGCGUUGAUGUCGUCUCACGGCUCUCGGAGCCUCGAGCCCCCUGAGGUGAAGGUCCUCCCCAACAGCCAGACCAAGCUGCUCAACGACAGGAACUCAGCACAAGAGUUCCCCGUAAACUUUUCAUUCUUUGACACCAUCGAGAACUACUGUUAAUACCGCGUUGCAUGAGGUAGCAGUAAGGCCCUGGACGACUGCAGUGACCAGGAGGCAUAGGGCCCCCUCCUCCACCACCUCCUCCUCCUCCACCACCUCCUCCUCCCACCGCUCCCUGCUCCCACUGUGGUGGUGAACCAUCGCUGGUUGUUUAUUUCUUAUUUAAAAGCAGUGAAUCAUCCAUCGCUGGAAUGUUAGCUAUUAGACCCUAGCAAGAGAUUAUGUUUUCGUCUCCGUUUAGACCUGUUUCAAUGACGUUCCCUGUUUUUGUUCUUUUCUUCAACGGACUGUCAGUGUUGAUCCACACAUCAUCAACAUGGUGGUGCCUUCCGCUCAGGUGCGCAUUCCUCACCACCCGUUCACAGCGUCCGUUACGUCACUGUCGUAUCCUUCCUCCCUGUUCGCCCGUCUGAUUGCCAAAGCAGAGCGCGUGGUUCUCUUGAUCCAUUUUUGUUCCACAACAUCAAUUCAUUUUUAGACGCGCAAACCUGAAUAAAAAAAAAACAGGUUAAAGGCCGCACGUUGUUCUACUGUCGAUAAGCUUCAUUUUACUGUGCGGUACGCCCAAUAGUACUGAUAUAUAGAACACUUUAAUACAGUGUACAUACACAAACACAGGACUGAAGUAGCAUAGUAGAAUCCUUCCUCUCGAUCACGACCUAUAUAGCUGCGAUGUAUUAAACAACAUCAGACAGAAAAAGGCUUCAAAGGAACCCAAAGGAACCCAUGGAUUGAAUAUGAUAACGAUGCUGGUGUGUGUGUGUGUGUGUGUGUGUGUGAGUGUGUGUGAGUGUGUGUGUGUGUGUGUGUGUGCGCUCGCUCCAGUGUGUGCUCUAGUGAUGUCACACUGCUCUCUUUUACUGCUCUACCGGUUAGAUGCAUGAUUGUAAGAAUGCUCCUGUAGUAAUACUUCAAAAGAAGACAGAUUCAGGUAUUUUUGGAAUAUGUUUCGAUAGUCUUCAGACGGGACGACGCGAUCCCGGUUCCAAGGACACUUUUGCUUAUUUUUCAAUAAAUAGAUAAUAGACAAGGUCCGGUAGUUUCGGAUGACCUGCUGGGUUUCCGUUUGCUGCGGAUGCAGACCCUCAUUCAAUGCGUUAUGUACACACAGGCUAGGAUUCCUUGAUUAGUACGGCGAGUGAUGGAUGCCUUGUCACUCCAUUUAAGCGCUGCAGUAAUUUAUUCCAAACGCAAGGGGGUAAAUCAUGCCCCCAGCCCACUCUAUUUGUAUGUGCUUUGAUAGGGCAAGGUCACCAUGGCAGCCCUGAAAUCCUGCCGUUGAAUCUUCCAACUUGCUUAUAUCUGUUUGACGAGUUGGUUGGACCUGGUCUGUUUAGACACAGAAGUUGCGUCUUGCAUGACGAGCCAGUGUCAUGAUUCAAACCAAUGAUUCUACAUCUAUAGCCACACCUUUUCCAUUCCGUGUGUGUUUGUUUUUGUGUUUUUUUGUGUGUGUGCGUGUGUGUGAACCAACCAUUGCCAAUACCAUCAUUCCAUCUCCUCAUGAUUCCAGUUAGUUUUCUAUAACAUUCCAGCAUCAGCCAUCUCUGUUCAUGUAUGCAUAUAAUGAUAUCCGUGUGAUUCAUGGGGAUUAUAUGGGUGAGAUUUGAGAUGAGAUUUGAUUUGCACAUGACUGAUAUCAAUCAGGCUUUUACGAUAUUCGUCAUUGCCUCUUUAUAAGUCGUUAACUGCACAGUGUCAGUGAAGUGCCAUUGGAAUGGAUCAAUGUUCCAUGCUGAAAAUAAAAAAUACAUUAGUGACAUAUUUUUCCAAUUGAGUUUGAAAAAGGUGGCAACUGAAAUACAAUACUUUUCUUAAACAUUUUGUUGACAAAAUGCACUUUGUGGGUGGUUAUGGUGUGUCAAUAGCACCAUAUGUCAAAGAGGUCUUCUAGUCACUCAGUAUUUCAAAUUUCCAUAGUGAGACCAUUAUUCUUAUAUCUUGAUUUGGAGUAAAUAUUUUUCACCUGUGUAACCAUACUUUGCUCAGUUAUGCUCCUUUUGAAAUAGUAUCAAUAUUGUAAAUGUGCAAAAUAAGCUUGUAUUCAUACUGCUUGAGAGAAAUACAUUUGUUUCCUUUUUUUGUUUGAAACUGGACAACUGAAAAGCUAGAAUCUAGUCACAUUUAGUAUUAAGGCUUUAGUAUUUGGGGGGAAUUAGUUACAGCUUCUCAAUGGAAACCGUUACCAUAAAAUUUACCUGCAGCCAGCCAGCCACACAUUCUACUGAGUAAUCCAUUUCUUUUUCUUCAUCUCUAGAUUACAUUUGUAUAGAUAUCUUUGACUGUUUUUUUGGAUGAAUUCAGAUUAUUGCAUUUUAAAGUUUCAAUAAUUAUGUUUCCUAGGAAAUAAACCACAAUCCCGUUGUAACGUA